GACCUAAGCUGAAGCCAGACGCUUAGCCGACUGAGCCACCCAGGUGCCCCGAAAAUUGUACAUUUUUAAAUGAUGAGUUUCAUGAUGUGUGAAUUUUAUCUAUCAUUAAGAAAAAAUUCUUUGAGGAAGAACAAGGGAAUGAUGAAAAAAAUGUAUGGAUAUACGUUGUCCGGGAUACUGUUUACCUCUGGGAGUGAGGCAGAGGGACGAUUUGGAGGAAAAUGUAGGUAAAUGUAGCAGGUGCUUGUAAAGUUCUAGUUUUUAAGUUAUGAGUGUUCAUCUUAUUACCAUGUAUGCGGGCGUGAUACAUAUAUUUUUAUACGUAUAAAAUGUAAAACUUAUGUAAAAUUGGAAAAAAUUACAAAUAAUAGAUGAGACGGCAUUAGAAGCAAAUUACUGCCUUUUGAUGAACACCGAGCGGCUUUCUCCAAGUCCCCAGCUGGGUCUCAGCGCGACUCUGGAUGCAGCUGUUCUGACCCCUGGUGGCCGAGAGGUGAAGGGCAGCUGAGGAUGCUUGCGUGGGGACUACGCCAUGGAGGUGGUGCUGAUCUUUCUGUGCAGCCUGCUGGCUCCCAGCGUCCUGGCCAGUGCAGCUGAGCAGGAGAAGGAAAAGGACCCUUUUCAUUAUGACUACCAGACUCUGCGGAUCGGGGGACUGGUGUUUGCUGUGGUGCUCUUCUCCGUGGGGAUUCUCCUUAUCCUGAGUCGCAGAUGCAAAUGCAAUUUCAAUCAGAAGCCCCGGGCUCCGGGGGAUGAGGAGGUGCAGGUGGAGAACCUCAUCACUGCAAAUGCAACGGAGCCCCAGAAAGCAGAGAACUGAGGUGCAGCCCUCAGGUAGGAAGCUCCCAGAACCUGAAAGGAGCUGCUUGAACCUUUAGACGCAAGUGUUGAUGCUUAAGAACACCGGCCACUUCAGCAGCAGAUCUUUCCCCAGGAGAAGCCAAGAGUGUGUGUGUCCCCCUGCCCCUUCGCCGUCCCCUGGAACACGAUCCUCAACUUAACGAUGCAACUGACACCCGCCUCUCCUGCCCGCAGCCCGCGGUCUCGUCCACGUCCUGUGACGUGUCUGUGUGUGUUUGAUGACUGUGAUCUCUGUGGCUGCUUGUUUGUGGAUGAUGUUGUAUUUUAGUGACCCUGAACUCGCUUUCCCGGGUGGGUGCUGAACCAUGUCACCGUCAGCCCCUCCCUGCCCCCCUGUGGCCCCCACCCCCAUCAUCUCCCACUCCCGGGAGUCUGCUUUUUCCCUGAGAGACCAGUCCCUUCUCUUGAUUUGGGGGUGGGUGUGGGGCUAGGGGGUGUGGGCGGGGGUCUCCAGUUGUCUUGGGACUUGGGAAGGUUUACAUCACCUCCGUGAUCAUUUUUCUUGGCCUCUCUUCACUUCAUUCACAAGAACCUUGCUUCUGUAUUCUAGUCCGGACCCAGGUCUGUUCUGAGGGUCUCUUGGCAAUUGGGAGGUUCACGGCAAGGAGCUGGUGAGCCCAGCUUUGCCUCCAGGCAGGCUGUGCCCCUUCCAUGGUCCUUUCCCUCUUGGGGCUUCCACCCCGGGGUCCUCAUCUGCCCUGCACCGUCGCAGAGCAGCCCGGGAUCCCGGGCCCCGGGCUUCUAGUCUGCCCCUGGGGAACGUGCCCCCUGCAUAUCUUCUCAGCAAUAACCCCAUGGGCUCUGGAACCCUGCUCCUCUCUCCUACCUUCCCUGCUUCCCAGACUCCCAGCUACAGCCCGGCUCUUCUGGACUCAGACUCCUGUCCCUGAAUGAGGUCUCUGGUAGGCAGUGGCUGAGGGGCUCCAUUCUGUGGGGGCCAGCAAAGCAGCAGGGAGAGGAGGCGUCCUGUGCUUCUCUGACCGCGUCCCGUCGAUCAGGGAACAGCGAUGGCUCCCAAGCCCUUUGCUCCACCUGUUACUGGUUACAGCGGCAAGUGCGGCGGCUACACGUGGCUUAGAGACCCGGGGCAGGUGGGCACAGCCCUGCUGCGGAGGGAACUGCCAAGAGGUCGAAGGUCAUACAGAAUGGAAAGUCCAAGCAGACCCCGCCCCUCCCGUCCAUCGUGUUCUCGUGGCAUCCAACCAGACGUGCCGCCGUGACCGGGCCGCUGUCCUCCGUGCUGUGAUCGAUCCUCUCCACAACAAAAGGGAAUAAAACACCGUUUGUUUCCUAGUG